AUGGCAAUGUCAGCAGAGUCAUCCCAACCCAGAAAAUCACUCAUCAUUAAGCUUCAUUAUCCUCGUUCUCUACAGCGUAGUCCUUCUUCUUUUUCUUUAUCCUCUGAUCAGGCUAUGGAUUCUCAUGCCAAGAAGAGGAAACUACUGGAUGAUGAUUCUUCAAAGCAAUCAAGUAAAAUCUUCAAGACUCAUUCAAGAAGAAACGUGUAUGGAGAUCAGUUGGAGAUGAAGGAUUCUCACCGCAAGAACGUUGUUUCCAAUGAUGAUUUUUCUGCAGUGACUACUGCCACAAGGUGUACUGGAACAAGAACUGAAAGAACAGAGCAACCUGCGAAAAACCGAGGAACCAAGUUGGCCUCAAAAUCAAGAACUUCAAGAACAGGGUCUGAGGAAGAGUUUGAGUUGUUCAAGGAUUCUACUUGCAUGAGUGUUUCUUCUUCUGUGGAUACAACUGCAAGGAGUAAUGGAACAAGACCCAAAUGGAUCAAAACAGAGCAACCUGCGAAUGAUUCAAGAACAGGGUCUGAGGAGUCGAAGAAGAAGAUGGAGCUUUAUAAAAAGAUGCAGUUGUGGGUGAUUUUGAAGCGGAUGAUGAUUGGAAGAGAUGGUUGGGCUUUCAAACACCCUCUUGAUCCAUUUGACUCUGAGAGUCUAUUAUUGGAGAAGAACAAGAAAAAGAAGCCAAUAUUGGGAUUUGUGGACAUUGAAUCCAAAUUGAAGAACUGGUUGUACUCAGAGCCUGAACAAUUUGUUGAUGAUAUGCGGAAUGUGUUCUCUCAUGCAUUGAUGUACCCUUCCAGGAGUGAAGUUCACAUAAUUGGAAGGAGGCUUAGUGACAACUUUGAGCACAAUUGGACAACUUUGAAGAAAAAGUGGGCCUCUGAGGACAGAAAACAGAAGAGAUCGAAGAAGGUUUGA